AAAAUAAUUCGAAAUUAAUUUUACAAAAGUAGCAAUGUGCAAAAAUAUAAACAAAGUAUAGCUAAAGCUAGCUACCUGGAUAGUAGCUAGCUAAAUAAAGCGAUAAUAAAGGUGUCGUUAUAGAUAAAUUAUCACCAUGUACAUUAAGCAGGUGAUUAUUCAAGGUUUUCGAAGCUAUCGUGAUCAGACUGUUAUAGAUCCAUUCAGCUCCAAGCAUAAUGUUGUUGUUGGCCGAAAUGGAUCAGGAAAAAGCAAUUUCUUUCUAGCUAUUCAAUUCGUUUUAAGUGACGAAUUUAGUCAUAUGAGGCAAGAGGAACGACAACAGCUUUUGCAUGAAGGAACAGGUCCGAGAGUGGUAUCUGCUUAUGUUGAAAUAAUUUUCGACAAUACCGACAAUAGAAUUCCAAUUGACAAAGAUGAAAUUACUCUACGUCGUGUGAUUGGAUCAAAAAAAGAUCAGUAUUUUUUAGAUAAAAAAAAUGUGACUAAAACUGACGUGAUGAACCUGUUGGAAAGUGCAGGUUUUUCGAGGAGCAAUCCAUAUUACAUUGUAAAACAGGGAAGGAUAAAUCAAUUGGCUGUAGCUAAAGACCAUGAAAGAAUAAAAUUGCUGCGUGAGGUGGCUGGAACAAGAGUAUAUGAUGAAAGAAAAAAUGAGAGUCACACUAUAUUAAAAGAAACUGAAAAUAAGCGUGAUAAAAUAGAUGACCUUUUAAAAUAUAUUGAAGAAAGAUUGGGGACAUUAGAAGCAGAAAAGGAAGAAUUGAAACAAUAUCAAAAGUGGGAUAAAGAAAGAAGGUGUUUAGAAUACACGAUACAUGACAAAGAAUUGCGUGAAACAAGAGAGAAACUUGAUCAUCUUGAUUCAUCUCGACAAAAUGAAAACGAAAGGGCCAGUGACUUACAUCAAGAAGCUCAAGAGGCGUCUUCGAAAGUGGAGAUAAUAAAUCAUGAGAUAAAAGAAAUCACAGACAAACAUUCCGUCUUGAAACUUGAAAAAAAGCAGCUUGAUGAGGAAAGGCAGGAACAGUUAAAACAACGCACUAAACUUGAAUUAAAUGUGAAAGAUUUAGAAGAUGGUGUAAAAGAAGAUGCUCAUUUGAAAACCCAAGGUACAAAAGAAUUAGAACAACUAGAGUUAGUUAUAACCGAAAAUGAAGAAAAAUUGGCACAGAUAUUACCUGUUUAUCAAGAAAAGAAAUCAAUUGAAGAAGAUUGCAAAGCUAGGUUACAAUCUUGUGAACAGAGAAGGACAGAUUUGUUUUCAAAACAAGGCCGCGGUACACAGUUUCACAGUAAAGAAGAGCGAGACAGUUGGAUUAAAAAAGAAUUACAAUCACUGAAAUCAAGCGUGGCGAUAAAAGAGCAGCAAAUAUCUCGAUAUAAAGAUGAUGUUAGAGAGACGAGACAAAGAUUUGCGCAAAUUGAUGCUGAAAUCGCUGAACGCAGUGAAAACCUUGAAGAAAGAAGAAGUCAAAUGGAUGCUUCUAAUCGAGAACACUCAGAGUUGAAAAUGAAAAGAGACGAAUUGUUUAACACAAGAAAGGAGUUGUGGAGACAGGAAAAUACAUUAGAAACAGCUAUUCAAUCCACAAGAAAUGAUCUUAGUCGAGCAGAAAGGGAUUUAAGAAAUACUAUGAGCAAGCCUGUAGCGGCUGGUAUUGAAAGUGUAAAAAGAAUUGUGCAAGAAAAAGGGAUAGAAGGCGUUUAUGGACCACUUAUUGAAAAUUUUACAUGCAAUGAAAAGUUUUUUACAGCUAUUGAUGUCACUGCUGGAGGGAAAUUGUUUAACAUCAUUGUGGAUACCGACAAAACUGGGACACAAGUUUUAUCACAUAUAAAUAAAAUGGGUCUUCGUGGAGAAAUAACAUUUAUGCCAUUGAAUAAGUUGCAGUUUAGAGAUCUUCAGUAUCCCUCUUCACCAGACGUUCUCCCAAUGAUAUCAAAAGUGGAAUACAAUGAUUUAUUCAAACCAGCUAUGCAAUUGGCAUUUGGAAAAACAUUAAUCUGCAGAAAUCAAGACAUUUGUUCACAAUUUUCCAAAAGCCACGACAUUGAUACAAUAACUUUGGAAGGAGACAAGUUUAGUCGUCGUGGAACUUUAGAAGGUGGGUUUGUCAAUACAAACCAGUCACGUUUGUUAUCACAAAAAAAGAUCUGGGAACAACAAGCUAAAUUGGAGAAACAAGAAGGUGAACUUCAAGAAGUAAAACUUCAGUUGCAGCAGUUGGAUGGCCAAAUCACUCGUGUAUUAAGUGAUGUACAAAAUAUCGAAACAACUCAAGUUCAACUUAGACACACAUAUGAUCAACAAAAGCAAGAUGUUAAGAAUCUAACAAAAAACAAAUCUGCUUCGGAACAAAGCCUGGGACCAAAGGAAACUGCACUGACCAAUUACGAAGUGGAACUAGAACGCCUUAAAUCACAAAUAAAAUCAUUCCAAGAAGAAGUUGGAACUGAGUUACUUUCCCAGCUCACAAGAACCGAUCAAGAUGAGGUUGACCAGCUGAAUGUCGAGAUUGGUGAAUUAAAAGAUAAGAUUAAGGUUGUUUUUAAAGAAAGAACGCAAUUGGAAGGAAAGAAGCAGAAACUGGAUGAUCUUCUCAAUUCAAAUUUGUAUAAAAAAAGAGACGAACUUCAAACGAAUCUUGAAGAGGUUUGUCUCGAAGAUAAAGGAGAACAAUUAGAAAUUAAACGUUCAGAAUUAAAACGAUUUUCUUCGAUGGUCGAUAAAACUUCAGAACGAAUUAAAGAACUUGAUGCUGAGUUAAGAAAACACAACGAAGAGUUGAAAAAAUUUCAAUCUUCUUUGGAAGAGUGGAAGAACAUAGAGAAAGAAAAGAAGACGGCAAUCGAGGAAGAUUCGAAGUUAAUGGAGAAGAUUGCGAACAAAAGAAGUGUGCUUCUUAAAAAGAAAGAGGAAUGCAUGCGAAAAAUCCGCGAGUUGGGAAGUCUUCCUGCAGACGCUUUCGAGAAAUAUCAUAAAACGGCGAGUAAAGCACUUUGGAAGAAGUUAAAAGAAGCCAAUGAAGAACUGAAAAAAUACAGCCACGUCAACAAGAAGGCUUUGGAUCAAUUUGUUAACUUUUCUGAACAGAAAGAAAAACUAAUCAAACGAAAGGAAGAGUUGGCUAAAGGACACGAGGCUAUUGUUGAUUUAAUGGAUGUUCUUGAACAGCGGAAGCAUGAAGCUAUAUUGUUCACAUUCAAACAGGUAUCGCAUAAUUUCAGCGACAUUUUUAAACAGUUAGUUCCAGGGGGUAAAGCUCAGCUUAUUAUGAAGAAAGAAACUCGGGAUACAGAAGAUGAAAACUCUCAGUCUCAAUCUGACUCAUCAAGUCAACGAUCUGGAAAGAAUUUUGAUGAAUUUAGUGGAAUUUCCAUUAAGGUAUCGUUUACCGGCAAAAGUGCUGAAACUCUAGAAAUGAAUCAACUGUCCGGAGGACAGAAAACUUUAGUCGCUUUAACUUUAAUCUUUGCUAUUCAAAAAUGUGAUCCUGCGCCAUUUUAUUUAUUCGAUGAAAUUGAUCAAGCGCUCGACCCGUCGUAUCGCAAAUCUGUUGCAGCUAUGAUCCACAGCUUAGCUGAAAAAGCCCAAUUUAUUACAACUACUUUCCGUCCCGAACUUUUGGAAUCUGCCGAAAAGUUUUACGGAGUUCAAUUUAAAAAUAAAGUUAGUCACAUAUUAUCAAUCUCAAAGAAUGAUGCGAAAGAUUUUGUUGAGGAUGACUGUCAAGCGAGUGAAAAGUAGCUGCUGCUGUUACUGGAGGAGUAAACAGAUGCUCCUCUCGACUUUUUGAAGUGUGUUGAAACAUGACAAGAUAUUUACUUUCCAUUUUAACACUAUUUAUAAAGUGUAUAUAAUUUCGACGUUUUCAAAAACUUGUUUUAACCAUAGAUGUAAAAAAAAAUGACUUUACAUUUUGUUUCUCA